AUGUUAUCUACUCACUUUGUUAAUUUUAGUCUUAAUUAUGAGAUUCUAGAGGGGAUUACACAUGUUAUUGAUGAAUCUUUCAUUGGUGUAGUCAACACAUCAUCAUCACCAUUUAAGGUUUCUGAUGCAUUUUAUGUAGAUACACAACAGUCAGCAUCCUUUUCCAAUGAACCACAAAUAUCAGCACCCAAUGGAAUACUUGAAUUUCUUCAAAAAAUGAAUCUAACCGUCUGUAAUAUAAAAUAUGAUAUUAAUUCAUUAAAUGAGAAGGUUGAUAAAAUGUAUGAUAUUAUAUUAUUGGAACCAAGUCGCUUUGAUCAUUCAUCUAGAGAAAAAAAUACUGAAGAUAUAUUCCAAAUGGAACUAUCAAAUCUUCCAUUGGAAACAGAAGAUGAGCUGGAGGAAUUUGAAAAAAAACUUACAGCCAAUAAAGAAUUUAGAAUGAAACUGAUUGCAGAGCUCAAACGUUUUUCACGUAGCACAUUGCCCAGUACUGUGCGUGUUAUAUUGAGAAAAAUGUUUACAGAUGCAUUGCUUGAAAAGUUUAGCUACAAGUGUUUGAAAAAAAAUAAAGUAUUCUAUACCUUGGCUACAUAUACAGUAAUUUUUGAUGCAAUAAAACAAAUGAAAAAAUUCAAAUUUAGCGAUGCUGUGGAUAUUGAGACACCCAUAAGAACAUUUAUUUCUGGAGCUGAAUUCCGGGAACCAAAGAAAAAUCCACCUAUUUCUAAUGAACUAUCAUCUUAA